AUGCAGUUUCCUAUUGAGUGCUCAGUUCCCUGGAUGCUGGUAGAUCAUAUGAUUGAUUCCCAAAAUGCAGGCCUUCUUGAGAGUGUUUUGAUCCCGUUUGAUAUCUAUAAUGAUUCGGCUCAGCAUGCACUAGUUGUGCUCAAGCAACGGUUUCUCUACGAUGAAAUUGAAGCUGAG